AUGGCACCAGCGAAGAAAGCAGCACCUGCAUCGCGGAACUACGCCUGGUUUUGGAACCACUUCCUCACUUUCCUCAAUGUCCUUGACACCGCCAACACCGACGUCGAGGAUAUGGCACACGCAGCAGCCUGCAUCGCGGUCCUCGGAGGAACCAUGUCGGCGCAGAUCCUGCAGGAGCCACAGCCCAUCUCCAACUGGCUCCGAGCCUUCGAGCCUCGGGCGCUUGUCUGGCUCUAUCGCCAGGACGUGGGACUCGAUGUCAUCGAGCAGCUGAAGGACAAGGCAGACCGCGACUUCUUCAAGGAGUUCGUCGGGUUCCUGCGGCCGUACGUCGAUAAGCAUGUGCGCAAGGAAGUCCGCGAGAGCAAGGACCAGGCCAACGCGGUAGAGUACCCCAAGUGGGCAUUGGAUACGGCGCGUUCCUCCUGGAAGAAGUCAGCUGCCCAUCUAUGCAAGAUCGCACAGCAGCACAGACAGGCCAACUCCGGACAAGACAUUCGCCGGUUCAAGGAGUUGUUCGACGAGUACGUGGAUGAGUUUGACGAGGUCAAGAACUUCCCUCCCUUCGUGGUCGCCAACGACUACAACGUGAAGGAGAACGGAGAGUUCAAGAAUUACGUCUCUAGAUACCCCGGAGACCCGGACCCGGACAAUUUCCCCGUGGGACCCGAAAGCGAUUCGGAUGAGACCAUGGAAUCCGAAGGCGAAGAAGAUCCAGAGGCCGUCGAGGAACUCGAACGCUACGAAGAUUCGUUGGCCAUUGAGGAACCCGAAGGCGAUGAUGAAUCAGUGCUCGUCUCGGACCACGAAGACGAAGAGGCCCAUGAGGAGGAUUCCCCAGUCGCUCGCCGCUUAUCUCGUUCGACAUCGUCAUACUCUCCACCCCUUUUUGCUCCUGCACGGGGUGCGAACUGGGUCAUGCCUCCUGGCCGAGAAUACCCACCCUUCACCGAUGCAGACAUCGAAAUGGACGACGCUGAGGACCGCAUCGCGGCCGAUACGUCUGGUGUCGACGCAGACGAUGACGGCCCAGAUGAGCCCGAUCUGCCGACUCCUCGCCAGCUCGCCAAUGGUAUAGAUGACCUCUCUCUGCAAGAAAUGGGUGGCCCAGCGGCCCAGUACAACAUCGACGCGAGUAUGGACUUAGACGCACCACCGCGUGUACAACAUGAACCGAACGACGCACUGGUAGAGUAUCAGUCGGCCGGUGAGCCAAUCGCACAGGAUCAAUUCUGCCAUGUUCAUCGGGCUCUACCGUUUGAAUGCUUAAUCUGCAAAGGUGAUUUCACGUUGCGGGAAGCCCAGCCUGAUUCGGGUCUGAUCGCCUGGACAAUUUGUGGCCACGCCUUUCAUACACGCUGCCUUAACAAUUGGGUCAACGAGGCUGCCAUGGACACAAGUAACCAGUGUCCUCUUUGUCGAAGGGUGUUGUGUGUUGCUCGUGAACGGGUCCAUCCAGGGGGUUUGGAAGAGGAUACGUCGUCGGAUGAUAGUUCGUCUAUAGUGUUCAUUGGCCUGGAUCGCCCUAGAUGA